AUUUCUUUACGUAGGAAGUGAAUGUACUCAAGAGAUUCCAUUCAGUUUUAAGCGAAGUAUUUAGCCGUUCGGACGUCGUACUUUCCAACAACACAAGUGCAAUAAAAACAACAAUUCCUGAGUGUUAAUCAGAUGCAAAUUAAAUAAAUGAGUAGUCCAAAAUAUUUGUUUGUGUAAUAGGCCUUUGCCGAUCUCAUCAUAUACUGAUGAAUUUGAGUCAUAUGUAUGGAUACAUAUACUUGUACAUAUGUAUAUUAAGCUUGUAUUCAGACUCAUAUGCUACAUAUACAAACUUAUGUCAAAUACUGAUAGUUUCGGUGAUAGAAGAAUCUUGUGAAGCUAAAAAUUGUUGAUAAGAAAUAAAUAGAUAAAUUGACUAUCAAAUUAUGAAACAAUACAUACAAUAUAUGGUACAUUUAGUGGCUUGCAAGUGUUAAAACUUAUAAACAUUAGUACAUAAACGGACUUUUAAUGUGUAGUAAGAACAUUGCUGAUUAGCUUUCGUGCUUUGCAUUAUUAUAUAUUAAUUAUGACAACGGAAACCCUUAAGCCCUUUCUAUCAACGUCCCGCCGAGUGGAUAGCGUUACUACAAUGCGCUUGAGCACCACAUCACAUUGUCAACAAGGCUUCAACUUUAAGCGGAUAAUUUUCGGCACAUUUGCUGUGGUUUUAUUUUUAUGUUUGUUUGGUUUUAUGUAUGUUCAUUUUCGGCGUAUUUCUCAAAUUGAAACGAAUAUUCAACAUUUGACGAAAAAAAUAUUGCAAAUGCAAGAACGACUGGACCUGACGAAUUUAAACGAUUUGGGUGAUUAUGAAAAUGAGUACGAUACCGUAAUUAUUGAUCAACCAAAAAUAUCACGAAAUGCUGGAGGAAAAUUUAGCCAAGGAUAUGAACCAGAUUAUUACGAAAAUGAAUCUGAUUAUACUGAGUUUAGAAACGAGUUCCCCGUUAUGAACUAUGACGAGGAUGAAGAUGAUGAAGCAAAAAAUUACAUUAUUAAUGACGAUUCUAAAGGAAAUGAAGAUGAAGAUGAUGAAAACGUUAUGGAAACAUCAGAUGAUGGCGAUUUAUAUGAUAAUUUUUCCAAAUUCAAUGACUCACGAAAAAAUAACACAAGUGCGCGUAAUCCGCGUGCCAUUGAAUCAGAACUAUUUAGCAAAGACGAUCAGAAAUCUAAAAUCAUAGACUUAAGAAAAAGUGCUGAUGAAUCUUUGGAUGCUCUUAAUCACCCUAAGAAUAUGGUGAUACUUAGCAUUUUCCGGCGAUAUGUAUAUUGGUCAUCCCAGUUGGCCAAAUGAAAUUGACGUCGAUAAGUAUUUCAAAGUGGAAAAUGGCGUAUUAACAGUAUAUGAAACGGGCCUUUAUUAUGUAUACGCGCAGGUUUGUUACAACAAUACUCAUGAUCAGAAUGGAUUUGUGAUAUUUCAUGGUCAUAAGCCAUUUCUUCAAUGUUUAAAUACUGUACCAACGAACAUGCCACACAAGAUUCAUACUUGCCACACUAGCGGACUUAUCUACCUGAAAGAACAUGAAACAAUUCAUUUACGUGAUUUUCAUAGUGAUAGAAAUGCUAUUUUAAAGGAGUCCAAUAAUCGGAGCUAUUUUGGGUUAAUAAAAAUAUAAAAAAUAAGGUUACAUACAUAUAUAUGUCUCAAUGGAGAACACUCAAUCCUGUCACUAUUAAUGUAUUUAAAAAAUUUGCUCAUUGUGAUUUGAUAGAUUGCGAAUAAAUAUAUAUUAAAAAAAAAUA